CGCACGCUGGGCGAAGUCUGCGUCCGUGCUCGCGCACUCGUCGACGCGGCACUGUUCACGGCUCCUCCGAGCGUGUUUCGGACGAGUGAAACGCCACGUCAACUGCGCGCUGUCACCGCGCGCCGCAUACGUAGCCCUUCGCCACACUGCACGUUACUGCAGCCUCAAUCAGUGAGCGCAAGACGCAUCAGUGAGAAUAAGCAAAAGAUGGCCAAGCCCGCGCCGCCCUCGAAGAAGGGCGACCACCACAAACGCAACGCCGCCCACAAGAAGCGCCGCGCGGCGCGCGACCUCCCGAAAACGAACAAAAAGACGGCGAAAAAUCGACUGAGAGAUGCCGAGCGCUGGCUGCGGCGGCUGGAGACGAACGGUGCCGAUCCAGAGCAGAUCACGAAUGCCCAAAAAGCGGUGGAGGAAUUGAGCAGGGAGAAGGCCUCGGACGAGGUGCAACGCAAGAGAAUUGACAAAGAAAAAAGGUAUGCUGAGAGGUAUAGAAAAGUGAAGUUCUUUGAGAAGCGGAAAGUACUCCGAAGGCUCAAGCGUCUGAGAAAGGAGAUGGCUUCUGAUUCUCCACCUCAUGAUGGAAAAGAGCGGCUCGAGGCUCUGGAGGGCGACCUGGCCUACGUCUCCUUCUAUCCUAAAGAUCGGAAGUACGUCGGAUUGUUUACGGUGCGCGGCGCCGAGGACGCGCGGACGGCGAAGCGGCGCGCCGAAGCUCGGAAGCUCGCGCUCGCGGCGGCCGCGGCGGCGGCGGGCGCGUCGUCGUCGUCGUCGAGUUCUGAGGAUGAGAGCGACGGCGAGGACGCGUUCGCCGACGCCGGCGAGGCGAGCGACGGCGAGGCGAGCGGCGACUUCUUCCUGGCCGCGUAG